AGCUCCUUCUCGUGGGCGAGAGAGAGAGAGAGAGAGAGAGAGAGGGGGAGGGAGCGAGAGCAGAUUCGGAGACACCCCAAAGAAAGAAAGAGAAGAUUCGGAGACUCCUAUACUGAGUCGGUGAGAGAGAUCGAUAUAGAGAGAGGGGGGGGGCUUUGGAUCCUGAGAUGUCUCUCGCCGGAGACGCUGGUCUCGAGAAGGAUCGGGCGGCGGCGGCGGCGGUGCUGAUCGGAGAAGAGAAGGAUAGCUUCAUCGUCUGGGAGAAGGAGAGGUAGCCCAAUCGCGAGAAAGACUCCUCCUUUACCUGAAUCGUCAGGGAUUAGGACACUGAAUAGCCGCCCGUCGGUGUCGGUGCCCGUUUCCCGGAAGAAUCGGGGCGGAGAGAUAGGCUAUUAAAUAGGGAUCUGUUCUGAUUUGGGGCUUUAUUUGUUUUUUUCGUAUCCGAGGAUAUGUCGGCGAAGGUGCGGAGCGGCGGCGGCGACGCGGUGGCGAUGACGGCAGCGACGGAGGGGAAGGGCGGGGGGCAGAUCGAGGUGGAGUUCGCAAAGUGCGAGUGCUGCGGGCUGACGGAGGAGUGCACGCCGGCGUACAUCGCGCGGGUGCGGGAGAGGUACAGCGGGCGGUGGGUCUGCGGCCUCUGCAGCGAGGCCGUCAAGGAAGAGAUCUGCCGCGCCGGGCGGCGGAUUUCCACGGAGGAGGCGCUCCACCGUCACAUGAGCUUUUCACGGGACUUCCGGUCGGCGUCUCCGCCGGCCAAUCCGGCGGAGGAUCUCAUCGCCGCCAUGCGCCACCUCCUCCGACGGAGCCUCGACUCACCGAGGGCUCUCCGGUCGACUCCCGCCAGUCCCCGCGGGAAGGAUGACGACGACGACGAUGACGAUGGCGGUCGCCGCCGCUCGCUCACCCGCUCCGAGAGCUGCUUUUCAUCGCUGCCUCGUUGAAGGCGUCGGCAAAGCCCGCACCGCCAAGAGGUUCGGGUUGCUGUCUUCACGCAAAGUAACGAUUGAUCUUUCUUUCAUGAUACCAUCUAUUGGAUCAUGCAACAGGUCUCAAAGUACUCCAAAACUCUUCUAUCAUCCAUCUGCAUAGAUCUCAAAGCCACCGUUGCAUAAUGUGACGGUGGACUCGCUGCGAAAGAUACAAACCCUGUCCUUCCCGAACAUGGUGGAGAUAGAUUCAUGCAUCUUCUGUUUUUUUUUUUUGUCACUUUUUCUCUUUCUCCUGUUUACUUCUAUUUGCAUUGCUCAGAGUUCCGUUUGGAAUUUUCAGAACCCAAUAGGAGAUUAGAGGUUCCAUGAAACCAAAGCUGAUUGUGUCCUUUUCAGUGUUGAUUUAUUAACUUUUAUCUCUAUUGAUUUUCUCA